CCUUCUCUCUAUCAAAUGGCUUCAAAGGACACAUCCCUGGCCCUCGGCAUGGUCUCCUUGAUGCUUCAUUUCAGCUGGACCUGGGUGGGACUGGUCAUCACAGAAGGUCCAAAAGGGCUUCAAUUUCUCUCAGAUGUGAGAGCAGAGAUGGACAAAAACAGAGUCUGUGUGGCAUUUGUGAAAAUGAUCUCAAAUGCAGCUACAUCAUACUACUUAAAUCAACAGAAACAUUAUUUUAUUAUCAAGGAAACAUUUCCAGCAAAUGUGGUCAUCAUUUACUAUGAUGCUGAGAGUAUAAAUGAUAUGCAACAUAAUGUAGGGCUACAUUUAGUGACCUGGAAAGUCUGGGUGACAAACUCACAAUGGCACGCUGACCUGACUGGAAACAAUUUCAUUUUUGACUCAUUCCAUGGGACUCUCAUUUUUUCAAAUCACCAUGAGAUUUCUGGUUUUAAAAAGUUUAUCCAGACAGUGAAUCCUUCCAGUUACCCAGAAGACAUUUUCUUACAGCAGCUUUGGUACUGGCACUUCCACUGCUCACUGUCUGAUUCUGGCUGUGUAUUGGAGAACUGUAUACCCAAUGCCUCUUUGGCUCAGUUGCCUGUGAAUCGUUUUGAUCCAGCCAUAAGUGAUGCGAGUUACAACAUAUACAAUGCUGUGUAUUCUGUGGCCCACGCCCUCCACGAGAUGCUCCUGCAACAAGUACAAAAGCAACCCAUGGGGGAUGGGGAAGCAGUGGUUCUUUCCCCCUGGCAGUUGCACACCUUUUUGAAGAACAUCCAGUUUAACAAUCCUGCUGGAGACCAAGUGACUUUGGACAAGAAAGUAAAACUGGAUGCAAAAUAUGACAUCCUCAACUACUGGAAUUUUCCAGAAGGCCUUAGACUUUAUGUGAAAGUAGGGGAGUUCUCCCCUCAUGUUGCAAAUAAGCAGUUGACUUUAUCUGAGGAGAUGAUACAGUGGGCCACAGCAAUUACAGAGACUCCUAACUCUGUGUGCACUGAGAGCUGUCAUCCUGGAUUGAGGAAAUCCCCUCAGGAGGGAAAGGUUUCCUGUUGUUUUGAUUGCAUCCCUUGCUCAGAAAAUGAGAUCACUAAUGACACAGAUAUGGAGCAGUGUGUGAAGUGUCCAGAUCAUCAGUAUGCCAACAGUCAGAGAAACCACUGCCUCCAAAAGUCUGUGACUUUUCUGGCUUAUGAAGAUCCCUUGGGGGAGGGUCUAGCCAGCACAGCUCUGAGCUUCACUCUUCUCACAGCUGCUGUUCUUGGGCUCUUUGUGAAGCACCGAGACACUCCCAUUGUCAAGGCCAACAACCGGGCUCUCAGUUACACCCUGCUCAUCUCCCUCACCUGCUGCUUCCUCUGCUCCUUGCUCUUCAUUGGCCGUCCCACCACAGCCACCUGCAUCUUGCAGCAGACCUCAUUUGGAAUUGUGUUUACUGUGGCUGUUUCCACCGUCUUGGCCAAAACCAUUACUGUGGUGCUGGCCUUUAAGGUCACUGCUCCGGGCAGAAAGAUGAGGCAGUUGCUGGUAUCAGGGGCACCAAACUCCAUCAUCCCCAUCUGCUCCUUGAUCCAACUCACUCUCUGUGGAGUCUGGAUGGGGACAAAUCCACCCUACAUUGACACAGACGCUCACUCUGAACAUGGCCACAUCCUCAUUGUGUGCAACAAGGGCUCCCUCACUGCCUUCUACUGUGUCCUGGGAUACCUGGGCUCCCUGGCCCUGGUGAGCUUCACCGUGGCUUUCCUGGCCAGGAACCUGCCUGACACGUUCAAUGAAGCCAAGUUCCUGACGUUCAGCAUGCUGGUGUUCUGCAGUGUGUGGGUCACCUUCCUCCCCGUGUACCACAGCACCAAGGGGAAGGUCAUGGUGGCCAUGGAAGUCUUCUCCAUCUUGGCCUCCAGUGCGGGGCUGCUGGGCUGCAUCUUUGUCCCUAAGUGCUACAUUAUUUUGAUAAGACCAGAUAAGAAUUCUCUGCAUGGCUUCAGAGAUAAGACACACUCUGGGAGAAAGAAGCCUUAAGUUUAAAAUAAUUAUAUGUCUGUGUGCAUGGGGAAUGCAUUUUAAAAUAUGUGUAAGGUCGGAAGCAAUUCUGUAACAGUUUUCCUGUCAGAUACUACAGUAGGGGAUUGAUUUCAGUGAAAAACGAUGCUUCUUUCUCUAAUAGUGUUAUGAUCACUACCACCUGUACUAAUCACCUUUUGAAAUUGAAUUUUACUCUAGAUUUUCAUUCCAUUAAAUCUGUAAUUAACAAUUUUGUGUUCAACUUUUACAUUAUUCACUUUUUCGUCUUCCCCUUGAAUUUCUAGAUUUUCACUAAUUUUAAUGCAAUUUUACCUUUAAAAUCAGCAGUUUUAAAUAACAUAAUGCAUUUUCUAAGGUUUGUAUUCUCUUCAGAAGGUAUCAGGCUUUUUACUAUGCCUGUAUGAGUGUUUUCAUAGCUGUUUAUUUCUGUUUCUCAUACUUGUCUUGUGCUAUACUUCUGAGGGUAGUCUUGCAGAAUUUCUGACAUAUGAUGUUCAGAUUUCUAGAAAUGCCUGGUCAUACUCUGAAUUUGAGAAAACAGGGUAUUGAAUUUACCCAUUAACUUGGAAGGUAAUUUUUUAGUGUGGACUAGUGAAAUUUUCUCUCCACAAACCAAUAUAGCUUUCCAUUUAUCCUUGUUGAAUAAUUUUUUGUAAUGUGAGACAUGUCUAUAUAGUCAUAUCCUUUUUGUACAUUAUAUGCAUAAAUAAUAUCCUGCAACCACUGUUUUGUCAUAUUUAUUUCUGAGUAUUUUUAGGAUCUGUUAAUAAUGUUUAUUGGGAUAAUAGUCCUCCAACCUCUAGUCAAAAUAGCACCAGUUUGUAGUGGGUCAUUGCUACCUAUCUGGCGUGCCCUUGGUAGGAGGUGAGCUCAUGUGACAUACUGCAACACAGGGUCAUCCACCCAUGUGACAUGAGUGUCCUUGCUGAGACUGGCAGACUUCCCACUAAUGAUAGGAUGACACUGUUGCACUCUGUAGUUUGAACAUGCACAUAAUACACAUAACCCCUGGUGAAACAACUCAGCAGACUAGAGGUACUCUACUUGUAUUUAAACAUGAUGUGCAAUGAACAUUACGUUACACUGAUUUGUAAGUGUUUAAACACUGAAGCCAGCAUUGCCAAACUCUGCAUUCUUUAACAAUGAGGCAAGAGGAUGUAAUUUAUUAGCAUUUAUUACUGAUUAUGUCCUUUUCCUAUUCAACAACAUAUGAAUUAAGAAUGCAAAACAGUUCCAGAUGUCAUCUUUUACAAAUUUUUAAUGUUCAUCACUUUUAUUUAGAUCUUUUUCUCAUGUUUGGUUUGCCCAUGUCUAGAAAUGGGUCCGCUGGUUUCUGGUGGAAAACAGUGAAACAAAAAGAGAAGAUGACCUCACCAGCCUCAAGAGCUAUGCAUUCUUAUGAGUUCAAAAGAAAAUGACUUUAAAUUUAAAGAGUGGAUACAUUAAGAUGUACAGAAAGUAUGAGGUGGUGUAAGAAUUUGAAGAUUAUCAAAUGAGUUGGACCUUUUUCUUUGAUUGGGUUUGUUUGUUUUUUGUUUGUUGAGACAGGGUCUCCCCAUGUAGUUCA